AAUGAUGAAAUUCAAAUUAAACCAAAUCAUAAGCUACCAAAAUCAUUACAAAUAUCAUCGAUUGGUACACAUUUUUAUCGUUAUGGUAUACAUUUUUAUUGUCCAACAUUUAUAAUUGAAAAUUUUAAUCAUUAUAAACGUUAUUGGUAUUAUAAUCCAUUGUUUAUAAUGAUAAUGGAAUUAAUCUAUCUGUUUCGUAGUAUGAUUGCAUUCUUUCUAUCAACUGAAUCGGCUGAAAAUCGUCAAUAUUUUAUCUAUUUGGGUGAUUAUAUGUAUUGUAUUGGUGCAAAAACACAUAUAAAUUUGGCUGCCAUUUGCUAUAUGUUGAUUGGGAUUUGUUUAUUAACAUUAAACAUUUAUAAUCAUCAACAUGGUAUGCGUCCAACAUUUCUUUAUUCAUUAGGCUUUUUAGCUGGUCGUCAAACACCAUCAUCAUCACAUUUGAAUGAUUAUCGUUACAUUCGUAAAAUGUUGACCAAAACACGUUGGAUUAUUAAUUAUUGUGAGAUAAAUACACGUACUGUAGGGAUUGUAUCAUUCAUUCUAAGUGCAUGGCCAUUAUGGUUUGAAUGUACAACCGAAGAAUUUCUUCUAUAUGGCUUACCAUGGUCAAUUAUAUUUGCAAUAUCAUCAUUUUUUACAUUUAGUGCUUAUUUUUGGAAUGCAGCUUAUUUCUAUAUACUUUGUAAUUAUCUUUGUUAUCAAUUACGUGAAAUUAAUGAUUUGAUUAGUAAUUUUAUAUUACGAUUGAAAUUAAUUGAAAAACAACAACAACAACAACAAAGUAUUGGACAACAACAACAACAACAACGACGAAAACAAUCAUUAAAUAAACAUAGUAUUCGUAGUUUACGUAUGAAUCUAAAUCGUAUUGGUAAAGAUAUUGAACAUUUUAAUACAAAUUAUUAUCGAGAUGUUAUAUUUAUAACAAUAGCAUUAAUGGGUACAUUUGGUAAUGUUGUAUUAUAUACAGCAUUAUUUGUACCGGUCGAUUUGACAAUACGUUUUUCAUUAUUUUAUGCUGUUCUAUUAUCAACAUCGGUUAUUUGUUGGAUAUUAAAUAUUGCAUCAUUAGUUUAUAAUGAAUCAGUUGUUACACGUAAUGUAUUGAAUAAACUUUAUGUUUCACAAAUACAAUAUCAUCGUCCAGAUACAUUAUAUAAUAUUUUACAAGCAAUUGAAGGUCAAUCAAAACAACAUAUGGGAUUCUAUUUUCAUUUUAUUUUUAUUAUUAAUUCAUCAAGAUUUUUUGAGGUA